CCAGCUCUCGCACGCUGCUCGCUAGUGCGGACGAGGAAGCGGCCGGUGCUGAUGGCGGUGUGGCGUGCAGCCUUCGGCUUCGGCCUCCUCUGCCUGCUGCCGGCGGCCGUAUUGUCGGGCGAGUUUUGCCAGGCGUAUGUUAAUAGUUACGGCGUGUCACAACCUGCCCAGAACUGCCCCUUCUACUGCUGUGGAGACUGUACGCUUCGAUACUGCUGCUAUAAUCCCUUGUCACGCUUGGAUGAAGCACAACAACUUCAGUGUGAUGAGUUUGAUGGGAGUUUUGGAACCCUUAUUGCGAUUGGAGUGACUGUGUGCGCAGUGAUUAUCGUGACGAUUGUGCUGUGCCUCACCUGCUCCUGUUGCUGUUUGUAUAAAGCCUGUCGAAGGCCACGCCCUGUUGUGGCUACCACUACAGCCACCACCGUGGUUCACGCACCAUACCCGCAGCAGCCGGCAGUUCCACCCGGCUACCCAGCCGCCCCCUACCAGGGCUAUCAGCCUAUGCCCGUCCAGCCACAGCCAGGGAUGCCAGUAGCACCCUACCCUGCUCAGUAUCCCCCUCCUUACCCCACGCAGCCAUCAGGACCCCCAGCUUAUCAUGAAACCAUGGCAGCUGGUGCUGGAGCACCUUAUCCAAUCAGCCAGCCCCCUUACAACCCUGCCUAUAUGGAUCCUCAGAAGCCUACCUAUUGAAAAGAUCUACUAUGCUUCUGCAUACGAAACUUUCUGAAGUAUGAUUUGUGCUGUUUACACCAUGCAACUGUCGUAUAUUUUUCUGGAAGACAGCAAUCCUUUGUCUAAAUCAAGUGAAAGUUAAUUCAGUAGCUGUGUUUUCUAAUGCUUGGAGCACAUGGAAGGAGUAUUUUUCUUGCAGAAGUCGUUCAUUUAUACCUCAAGCAAAUACAAAUGUUGUUGUAGAUACAUGAGGAAAGCGUGGAGAUGGAGUACUUGAGAAAUAAGAACCACAAUAACACUCACUGUGCGGUGACUGUGAGAGGAAUGGUCUAACGAGAGCAUUAUCGAGCACCCAGAGCUGUAGCAAUCGUUUCAACAGUAUCAAAGCAUAAAAUCUUCAGCUAGCUGGUCUGUGUUAUGUACUUUCUGCCUGUUUGGAAGCUACUACUGUUGGGUAAGCUACAGUGUAAAACAUUUCAUUUGCCAUUCAAAUGGGAGUUUUCCUUUUUGAAACACAUUUGCCUUCAGUAACGGGUGGCAAACCACCUUUAGUUGUCUCUGGACUAGGUUCCCUGCUCCCUGAUAAGCAGCAUGAGUUGAUCAUUUCCUUGCUUUCUUUUGCAGUUUUAAGGCUUAAAAACCUUGCCUUUGCUGGAUGUUUUCCUAGGCCAUUUUCUUUCAUAGCUAGAAAAAUCACACUGUUUUCCACUCAUAGAACAAACAGAUCAAAACCUGAAAGCCUGAGAAGUCCUCAUAAACGUUCCUGGACAAAUUUUUGUUGUCCAAGUGUUACUGGACAAGCUCACUGCAACUGUGUGUUGUUGAUGAGUUUGGAAGAAAGAGUAACACCAUAAUCAUACGAUAGGCAGAAGUAGCUUCUAGUGUUCAGUCCUGCCCCAACUUAUGAGGAGGAUUUAUUCUAAGGGAGAGAUGGAGUGUCAGAAAUAGACUGGGGUUCUUAAAUGCUUAGAAUUUCACACUGUCUGUCCCUAGUGGGACCUGCAGAUGUCAGGAGCCCAGUAACCUUUAUGGACUCAGUCUGUGUUUCAAUAGUAAUAUGCAGGAGGGGAAAGAAAUCCCAGUCACACAGUAGAGAUUAAACCUUUUGUCUUCAGCAUUCCCAUAAAGCUGAGCAGAGAACCAGAAGUCAGGGAAUGGAGAGUGCUGGGAUUUGGUCACAGCCAUGCAGUGUAUGUUCAGAAAGGUAGUGCUCACAGUCACCAGAUGUCUUGGACAGCCUCAUGACUUUUACCAGUGUUUGUGAGGCUCUGGCUCUGUACAACUUGCAUUGCUCAAAUGAACCGUGGGGGUUUCUUUUCAGUCUCUGCAGUUCUGUCCUUGCAUCGAAGUACAUUGUUUUUAUUCCUCAGUAGAGCUAGCUCAUCUGUUGUAUGUACCACAGUGAUGUAAGUGGAACAUAGCUCACACACUGAUUUUUAGGUUCUGCAGUUGGGAUAUAUUACUGUUGGACAAAUGUUGAUGGUGGCUUUGUUUUACCUCAUGUGAUGGAUGGGAACUGCUGCUGACAAAGGCAGCCUUAUCUUUCUUUCUGAUUCUUUUGAAUCUCUGGAUUAUUCUAGUUCUUUUUUUCAAGAAAGUCUUCAGGGCAUCUCAGAAGAAACUUGUAGCAAGUUUUUAGCAUUGAGAUUCGUGACAACCUGUGCUCCUCUCUUACAGCUCUGUAAAAGUAUUAAAGUUAACAGCAUGAAGUGGUGCCAGGAGGCACUCACAGAGCAUGCACACACUGUGUCUGUCUGUUCCUUCUCCUGCCUUGUCAGCUGAGCAAUGCUUCCUUGCACUGUGAGAGCAACCAAAAAUGGACCAUGUCUCCUGGAUGGAGGAUGUAAUGUUACUUUAGACAUCUGGAGUUGUCAUGUGUGGAAGAGCACUGAAUAACUACAGAAACAAUUCCCUUGCUAUAGAUUCUACCCUGUGUAGAGAGCAGAGACUAUUCCAGGACCUUUGUUAGCCAGCUGCCUGGAUGAGGUCUGGCCAGUGAGCACAGCUGCAGUGCAGCCCUGAGUGCAGGUACAGGCUGGUGGUGGGUUGUUACUCUGUUCUGCCCUCCGAGGGGACACAGCCUACGGCUCAUGGCGGUGUUACUGAGGUUAUAUUUUGGUUAUGAAAGGAAAACCUGCCCUUCCAGAUGAAGUUAGCUCAGUCAUCUGCCAUCAGCCCCGAGGAAAAGAUGUGGGAAAGUCAAGUGGCAACUGUAACAGAGGUCCCCAGAGCUGAAGUUUUGGUGUAGGUAUUGUAAAGACCAAAUGAAUUGCCCUCAGCACCCCUGUGUGUGGAGCGGUGGCAGAGGAGGGACUGGGUUAGGGAGCCUGCAAAUAUACACCUUUCCUUCAGUGGCUGUAUGGUAGUGACAUACAAGUGAAGAGGUGAAUCAUAAAGACACAAAGAACCACUGUAGCAGUAGUAGUGCUGCUGCUUCUUCUGUUACAAAACUAGUUGAAAGAAAACGGUCCACUUCAUCCCUGCAGUGCUCAGUCGGAUCUUUUCUUGUUGUUAGUGUGUUGGUCACCAUUAACAGUGAGGUGCAGGACCAAACUUUGUGGAGUUGUUGCCUUGCAACCCAUGGGAAUUUGUUGUCAUACAAAGAGAAUGGGAUGGAGCAAUCCAUCCAUCCCCUCUGAGUUUAAGCACUGAUGCUGUGUCAGUUCAAAGAGUUCUUGCCUUCGCCUCACACUAGUUCUGCAGAGUGCUGUGGGGGAGGGGCAGUGCAGUUACAGUUUUAAAUGGUGAAAGAAUGAAUGCGUUUUAAAAAGUCUGUAAGUGCCUUUGUUUCAGGAACGUUCUGUGGGAUCGAUACAGCAGGACAGUCUGUACCGAACCUCCGAGGUAACCUCUGUUGACUUUCUGACCUUCUGUAACCUGGCUUUAUAUGUUUGUGGUAGAUUAAGCUCAGUAUUCAAACCAAAUGGCAUAAACUCUAUGCACCUUUCUAAUAAAUGCAGUGUUUGAAAUA